UUGCUCAGUCGUCGCGCAUCGCGUAGAGGGGCAAAGGAGCGCAGCGGUGCGCAAAGUCCGUCAAGAGCGCCGGGGCCCCAGUUAUCGAGGAAACGCCGCCGACAGACGAGCGCGCGGCCAACCGGCCGACAACCUUUUCUCUCUUUCUCUUCCUAGUGUGCACACGGUGGAUAGUAUACGGAGACUGCGACCGGCGCGUGCUUUUCAUUCAGUUCGCUAUCCCGUCGACGAUAAUUUCGCUGCUGUAGAUCAGCGCUCUCGGCGUCUGGUUAGCGCUUCCUGUUCGCUUAGUCAGCGGCUGCGUCCCGGAAGGAUCGGCGCGAGCUGAUCUGAAACGGAGCCCACAACGUAAACCUUAACCGAGGGGUGGAGGAGGCGGUGGUGGAGGUUGGAAGAUAUUUUGUCCGAGUAUACGCUUAACAGUCGAGUAGCUUUCGUGUUAGAUGCACAACGUAAACCAGUGAGAAAGACAUCCAGAGUGAGAGGAGCGGUUUAUCGAGAUUUGUUUUGUGCGCGCGAAUCUUUUUGGAGUUAUCCGCUCUUCGUGACUUUAGGUUAUUGAAGACGACGACGACGACUUAACCAUGAACACGAGCAGCCUGCACUCUGGCGAUCUCGCCAGCACGACCAACAACUCGCUGGUCAAAUUUUACCACAAGGUCUUCUGGGAUCUGUCCGAUCCCCGGACAAGGGACUGGUUCCUGCUGACGUCGCCGAUUCCCGGCAUCGGCAUAAUGGUCGCCUAUCUCUACUUCGUCCUGUCGUGGGGACCACGUCACAUGGAGCACCGCAAGCCCUUCGUCCUCAAGCACACUCUAGUCAUCUACAACUUCUUCCAAGUCCUCCUCAGCUUCUGGCUGUUCUACGAAGGCCUCGAAGGUGCCUGGCUCAGACACUACAGCUGGAAGUGCGAGCCCGUCGACUUCUCCAACUCGCCCCAUGCGCUAAGGGUGGCGAGAGGCGUCUAUAUUUAUUUCCUAGCCAAACUCACGGAACUCCUCGACACGGUGUUCUUCGUUCUUCGCAAGAAGGACAAGCAAAUCACGUUCCUGCACAUGUAUCACCACACCGUGAUGCCAAUGAUCUCGUGGGGAGCUGCCAAAUAUUAUCCGGGAGGUCACGGUACAUUCAUAGGUGUCAUCAACAGCUUCGUCCACAUCAUCAUGUACUCGUACUACAUGCUCGCGGCUGUCGGGCCUCAGUUGCAGAAGUACCUUUGGUGGAAAAAGUACAUCACGACGCUGCAGAUGGGCCAAUUCUGCCUGGCUUUCAUGCACAGCUUCCAGCUUCUGAUCUACGACUGCGAGUAUCCCAAGUGGUCGCUCGUCUUCAUUCUUCCCAACGCCAUAUUCUUCUACUUCCUCUUCUCCGAGUUCUACAACAAGGCCUACACGCCGGAGCAACAGGCGGCCUACGACGCCGCGAAGAAGAAGAAAAACGACGACGCGGCAGCGGCCGCGGCUACCCUGACCAACGGCAAAGCCAAUGGUGUGCCGCAAAACGGCAGGAUCGUUCAGAACGGCAACGGCUCGGUGGCCAACGGCAAAUCCAGCGUCAAUGGCAAAACCAAAUCGGCCUAGACAGAUCGAUCUGCAAUCGUCCAACUGUAAAUAGGAGAUUCGUCUGAGUGUUGUAUCAUGGAUGUGCACACUCGAGGACGCGGGAAUUUUUUUACUACGCGCUGCCUGCAAUGUUUUUUGGAGCAUAGAGAGUAUUCGCAGUAUAACUUAUCUUGACUUCGCGAUGGAUCGUAUAUCUUUGUGUAUAUAUAUAUAUAUAUAUAUAUAUAUAUAUAUAUAUAUAUAUAUAUAUAUAUAUAUAUAUAUAGUUAAAUUAAUGAUUGUAGAUAAUGUAGAUACACAGUAGGAGGAAUGAAACAUUCGACCGCACGCUUGACCUUUUUCUACACCUGACCUAUCUUACCAAUUUUAUUGUCUAUGCUCUGAGAGACGUUAUUCAUUAGAUUUUCUGUCGAUGCCCCUGCAGCAAUCCUCAAUUUCAACAGUGUGAAUCUGCGUGAGAGAGUCGGUAAGGUCUUGAUCGACUUUAUCGACGCAAUGCGAUAAGGAAGUUUACAGAACAGACGAGCUAAAAUUUCCUGGGAAAAAAAAGAAAAAUUUAAAGAGCGACGUCGCUGAUUUUACUUAUUUUAUACAAAAUCUUAGAUAUUCUGGGCACAUUGUUACUCUUCACUUUGUAAAUUUCAUUUUUCUGCAGCAUGACGUCGACUUGUAUCUAUUUUCUUGUAUCUCUUGUAUCUCUGUCUUGUAUCUCCAUUUUCUCACUAUCUGUGAGAAAAUGGAGAAUGUCUAUUAUGUCGUUGCCUUAAAUUCAAUUGAUAACCGUAUGCUUCCACGAUAUAUUGAAAUAUAAGAGCGGUUUCCAGUUACCGUUUAUUUAGAUGUAAAUUUUAACAUCGCGAUGUUUCUAUAAAUAUUAUACAUAGACGUAGAGUAGGUAUUAUUUAAGUGUUAAGAAGAUCAAGUAAUUUGAGCCGAACGAUACUGAAAAAAUAUAAUUAGUACAUGUUAAUCCAGAUGCAUACAGUGUACGUGAAACCGCAUUAAACGGGUCAAUUAAAGUAGCGUUGAUGAUGAAACUCUAGAUUUUAAGCGAGAUGAUGAAAAAAAAUACAUAUUUUGUUUUUUUAAUGUAAAAGCUAUAUUCGUAUAGCUCGCAAGUAUGGAUGCACAUACGAAACUUAGAUUACUCCGACAAUCGUCAUUACGUUUAAGUGUAUUUUUUAUUUCUUUUUUUAAUUUUGUUUAUAAAUGUAUGGAAUCUAUAAUUGUUGAUACUUUUUGAGGAAUAUAUGGACGCUUUUUCGUGUAAAAAGAUGACUAAUGACAAAUCGUUAUUGUUACAUAGAAUCGUAUUUUAUUAAAAAGAUUUUGUAAAAAUGAAAAUUGAAACGUAAAACCGAUGGAUACAUUAUUUGUUUGUGUAUUACCUUUUUGUAAUCACAAUAGAAAGACUCAAACAUCAGGCUGAUUUUGUAAUAUAAAUAAAUACUUUAGAUUUUAGAGAGAAACUAAACAGCACAUUAUUGCCGCACUUACUCUUUUACUAUAAAAACAGCUGUAAACUCUGUCGAUGAUUUAUUAAGCUUCCUUAUAUUUUGAAUGUAGAAUUUGUAUCUAACAAAGACUUUUUACGUGCUCUUAAUAAUAUAUUGACGAGGAAAUUUUAAAAAAACGUUAAAUUUUGACGAAUCGCUGUCAGCUAAGUAUGUCUACGUACACAAUUAUCAUAUACAUGGAAAGAAAACAUAAACUUUAAGAGUAUCACUGAUAUCUUAUUGCAAUACAUCUACUAACAGAAAUCGACUUUCAAUCGUUCAACAUUUUGUAUUAUACUACUGAUGUAUUCAUAAUAUUGUGAAAUAAAAUGAAAGGAUAGCCUAAUA